UAGCGUACUGGGCAACAGGUUCCCGUUAGUUGUGAUCAAAUCUGCUCCCGAAAAAUGUAUCGCAAAGAAAAGCCAGUUGUGAUCAAAGGUAGCGCGUCUUCUUUACCAAACAAUCUUAGCAUUCUUGCAACUCCAGAGAAGGGGUCCCUGAACUAUGCUGUCGUGCACAAGUCGACUGUCAACCUGGUAACCGCUACAACUGACGGAACCACUGUAACUGGGAGACAAGUCGUUUGCAAGGAGCCGACCGCUACUCAAGGCAGCCCUUUCAUUACCCAGGUAAAAUGGAUCAUACUGCCAGUGAGGACGGUCCUGAUAUUGACGUCACAGAGGGGUAUACAGAUGUUUGAGCCUGAUGGUUCCGUCAUGAUAUACUGGCAUGCUCUCAGUGACUGCAUGGACAGCAGCAAUUUUGGUCGUGGCAUCUCAGGAGUUGGAGAUAACUUGAUAUGUGUUGGGACAGAAAGUGGGCUGAUAUUAGUGUUCAACAUGCCCCCCAAAGGUACAAAUAUCACCUAUCAGGAAGCUCUCAAAGGGCACACAUGUGCCAUCUGCGACCUGGCCUCCGACAAGGACACGAUGGUGAGCGGGGACGAGAGGGGCAGUAUCUUAGUCUGGAAGGCCAUGGGGCAACAGCUGCAACAGACUGUCAAAAUCACAGGAGGCGGGAGCCCGUGCAGCAGUAUAGCACUCUGGCGAGGCAUCAUCGUGGGCGGAUAUGGCUCGGGGCAUCUACGUGUCUACAGUGCAGCAAGUGGAAAGAUAAGUGCAGAAGUCACCGCACAUGCUCGAUGGAUUAAUGCAAUAGAUAUUGCUCGAGAAAAUGGAAUGUUGUUGUCCGUGAGUGAUGAUGCAUCUUAUCGGGUGUGGAAGCUCACAGAGGGAACAAUGCCACAGAUUCAGUACCGGCACUCAGACACAGUGACUGAUGUACAGCUUGUCGGGGGGCAGUUUGUUGACGGUCAAGGGAGAGCACUCUGUCUCACCGGCUAUGACUGCAGUGAGAUAGUGUUCUUUGUCCAGUGCUGAGCUCGACACUGUCAGUCCAGUAUUAUUGCUUAGCUUUAGUCCGGUGUGCAAGUAGAUGUCCCAUCUGUGAAGUCCCAUCUGUGCAAUUCCACACAAGAAGGAAAAUUUUGUGAGAGAGAUAUUUCUUUGGUUAUCUGGUGUCAUAUUGUUUGUUGUAAAACCUGUUGCGUACACAUACAGUAUGCCAUUUGUAUGUAUAGUGUAAGAGAAAUCAUGUAGAAAUGAGCUCAGUCUCACUGAGAGAAGAUUUUAUUGAUUGUUGCUGCUAAAUAAAGAUCUGAAGACAUCCCAUUACAGGUCAUGUCAGGGUGACCUUUCAGUAGACCAAUCAGAGUGACCCUUAUUAGAUCAGGAAAGUGUCAGGGUGUAUUUUACAGAGAUUUCCAAGUGACAGUUUUCGACUACAACUGAUUCAGUUAGUGUCAUUAUCACUAUCUCAAUUCUCAAAUCAAAUGUGGUAUGUGAAUCUGAAACUAUAGCAGUAGCAAUGAAGAGUAGACAUCCACACAGGUAUCACAGGUGUUACACAACAAGUAGUGACAUUUGUGCAAUGUAUUCUCAUUGUUCUGAACUCUUGUAGGUUCCCACUCACUGUUUUAGUGGCAGAAAUAAAACAUAGUGACUACAAAGUGGCCUUAUAUGUUCAUAAAUGAUGGCGGGUCAGCCUAGUGAUUAAAGCGUUCGCUCAUCACACCGAAGACCUGGGUUCGAUUCCCCACAUGGGUACAAUGUGUGAAGCCCAUUUCUGGUGUCUCCCACAGUGAUGUUGCUGGAAUAUUGCUAAAAACGGGAUGAUGGCAUGUGCAGAAAAUGCUAAAUAUUGAUGCUGGCAUUUGGGAUCUUGUCACUGUAUCAGCUAUGAGUACCUUUUUCGUUGCAGUUGCCAUGGUUGCAACAUCUGAUAGUUUCCAUGGCUGAAGUUACUGGAAAGACUGAAAUACUUUCUGAAGACUUAUUGUUCUGUUACCAUGGUGUCAUCCUCACAGGAUGUCUUUAACAUCCGCUGAAAGUGUAGAGCACAGACAAAUAACCUGUUUUCGUAGUAAUAUCAUAACUUUUUCUGGACCUAAUUUCCUUAUGUAUUUUGUCAUUGCACAAACAAAAUAUUGUUAUCAAAUGUCUAGCGAUAAAACCCUAAUUGAUCCUGAAGAAGAAGUGUGACUGUUCAUCAUGUGUUGGCGUGUUUCUGGCAAAA